UACUGAUUUAUUCAGUCGAACAUAACUGUACGGUCACAACCGGAGAGAAGACGAGAAUGGCCCAAAACCCCUUCUCUAACCUCAGGUCUGAUUUAGCUUCUUCAGUCUCCUUUAUUCAUUCUCUUCUUCUUAAUCCAGGCUUUGUUUUACUUGGACGAAAGCAACAAAGUAGCCAGACCCAGAAAACUCCAAUUCAAUGAGUUCGAAACAACAGAAAGGAGACCCAGUUUCUGCUCCAAAGGACAAAAGAGACGAGAAGAAAAUAAUGACAAUCGAAGGAUACCCAGUUGAGGGACUGUCCAUAGGAGGCCAUGAAACUUGCAUCAUUUUCCCUUCUCUCAAUUUGGCUUUCGAUAUUGGCCGUUGCCCACAACGCGCUAUCUCCCAGGACUUCCUCUUCAUUUCCCACGCCCACAUGGAUCACAUCGGAGGACUGCCCAUGUAUGUUGCAACACGUGGCUUAUACCGCAUGAAGCCUCCUACAAUCAUUGUGCCAACUUCCAUUAAAGAAACUGUGGAAGAACUCUUUGAAGUGCAUAGAAAACUGGAUGGAUCAGAACUAAAUCAUAAUCUGAUUGGUCUGGAUGUAGGAGAAGAGUUUUAUGUGAGAAGGGACCUUAAAGUAAGAGCAUUCAGGACGUACCAUGCAAUACAAAGCCAAGGUUAUGUGGUUUACUUUAUAAAACACAAACUUAAGCAAGAGUACUUUGGCCUUUCUGGGAAUGAGAUUAAGAACUUGAAGGCAUCAGGUGUGGAGAUUACUAACACUGUAACUUCACCUGAAAUUGCUUUUACGGGUGAUACAAUGUCCGACUUCAUAAUUGAUGAAAACAACAGCGAUGCUUUGAAGGCAAGAAUUCUUGUCAUGGAGAGCACCUUUGUUGAAGACACAGUGAAAGUGGAGCAUGCGCGAGAUUAUGGGCACACUCAUCUAUCUGAGAUAGCUAACUGCGCAGACAAAUUUGAGAACAAAGCAAUACUUCUGAUUCAUUUCUCAGCUCGUUAUACAGUAGAGGAGAUACAAGAAGCUGUAUCAAGAUUGCCACCAUCUUUAGUUGGCCGAGUUUUUGCACUGACCGAAGGAUUUUGAUGAGGAGUUUGAGAAUAUGUUAUCAUAUAUUGUCUUUUUUACACAACCGUAGUGAUGGCCUUUCCGAUUGUGGCGUUUUUCUUCAUUUGCUAACCAUUCAACUAUUGUCACUCAAAACAAUUAAGAGAUUUUCAAAAAACAAAACAAUAUUAAGAAACAUCAAACUCAUUUAUACUUGCGCUUAUACACUUUAGAUGAUAGUCAAAGGUUGAAGAAAAUAUGGCCUGGAAGCAAGUAAAUAUUCUCAAUUGUAUGUAGCAAGCAAGGAUUUUCUUUUGUUCUUUUACUCUGAUGAUGUUGAAUAAUACUUGUGGAGUUUCUUGCA